GGUGAGAGCAUGGAGGCCGGGAGCUCGCGCCCUCUGAGCGCGGCGCAGCUACGGGCGGCCGGCGGCCGGCAGGCCUCGAAGCGCGCGCAGGGCCAGAAGGACUUCAUCCCCGACGGCUCGGCCGAGCAGGCGGAGAGGCUGCGCCUGUGCCAGGAGGAGCAGUGGCGGCUGCUCUCCGAGGAGCGGGUGGUGCGGCGGGGGAAUCUGGUAAAAGCAGAGUGGAAGCCAGAACAGGGCAUCGUGGAGCUGCAGUCCCCUGCGGGGAAGUUCUGGCACACCAUGGGGUUCACACAGCAUGGCAAACAGUGCCUUCUGCCUGAGGAAGCUCUAUACCUGCUGGAGUGUGGCUCUCUUCAGCUCUUUCACAGGGAUCUUCCCUUGUCCAUUGAGGAAGCCUACGAGAUCCUGCUGUCCCAGGAGGCAAUGGACCUGCCACAUUACCAGGUGUUCAGCCACUUGAAGCAACUGGGUUAUGUUGUACUGAGAUUCGACCCCAGCACUGUCCUGUCUCCCUACGAGAGGCAAUUGAAUUUGGAAAGUCACUGCAAAAGCUCUGGGAAACACCAUUGCAAAAGGAGGAGGAGUUCCAGUCCCCGGUCACAUGAGAAGAAAUACAAGAUAUCAGAGGACCUUCCAGAGGCUGAAGGUACCUCUGAAAAAGCUGGAGGUAACUGUGGAGACUCCAGCUGCCUUACCACAGAGGAAAAGCCCUUGUCAGAGCAGCCAAAGGAACCAGAAGCUGGCAGUGGAGAGGGGGAGUCAAACUCAGUUCCCCUGGAUACAGGACAAAAGGAUUCCCUGAGCCCCUCCAGGAGCUGGGCUGGAGACCACAAGGAGAGCAGCACUGGUACCCAUGCACCCCGCUGGGAUUUUACCACCAUUGUCUUGCCAAACGUGGCCCCAGACCAGCCAUGCACACAUCUGCCCUCACCUGAUGACAGGCUCCUGCCAGAGAACGUGCCGGGGAGGGAGGUUGAUGCAGCUUGCUGGUGCUCAUGCAUCAAUCAGAAACAGGAGAAGCUGUCACGGAAGGAAAGGGAGCAGCGAGAGAAGGAAAGCAGGUACAAGAGCAGUGUCAAUGCUGACCGGGAGGUGAGGCGCUGCUCCAGCUGGCAGGAGUACAAAGCCCUUUUGGAGCAGAGGAGCCAGCAGAGGAUUUGGAAGCGACCGCGGCAUCUCUGGGACCAAGCUGUCACACCACUUUUGCGGCCAGAUGAAGCUACCUCACCAGCUGCGCUCCUCCAGCAGAUCAGUGUGCUGCAGCCCUCCCACAUCCUGGAUGGAGCCUCUUGGCUGCAGGAGGACCCGGAGGGCAUGAAAAUCCACUUCAAUGUGUAUCAAGCAGAUGCUGUGGCCAGGUUUAAGAAGACGAACCCCGGGAAGCCGUAUGUCAGGAUGUGUGUUCAGAGCUUUGAUGAGCAGAUCCCAUCCCUCCGGGCUUUGAAGCAGGUUACGUAUCAGAGUGGGGACAUCCCAGUGGUCUUUGCGCUGGUGGACCAUGGAGAAAUUGCCUUCUAUUCACUAAAGGAAUUCAAGCUGCCAGUUGAUGUUAAUCACUGAAGUUGCCGUCACUUGCAGAAAUGGCAUGGGAUGAAGGGAAGAGAUUUACUCUGGAUUUGCUUUCUUGAUUAAUGAAAUAUUGCAGAAAAUAGAGCCUAUGAGAACUGGAACCUUGGGUAGUUAACCAUUUUAUUCACAGUUAGGCUUCACCCACCUAGUUGGCUCAGGCAUAAUAGCAAAAUUUACAGUGAGCAAAUGUGUGUGGCUUAGCAGGGCAUUUCUCGACUGGAAUACACACUGCAUUGUUCUUGAAGCCACUGGUUCUCCACUUUCUCAUCUUGUGGACCACUAGUCCACCUUUUCUGUGUCAUCUUGCACUGAUCUGUGGACCAUUAGAAAACACUGCUGGUGAUUCUCUUGUCACAUGUUAAGAACCACUGUGCUACAGCAGUGGAGUGGUUGGAGAGUCAUUUAGGUCAGUCAGGGACAGAAUAAGCUGAUCAGAUCAGUGGUGGUGGCCUGAGCCUCUGUUGUUCAGCUGCACCAACAACCAUCUGAUCAGAUCCUGAUCUGGAAAAGGCACAGCCAUAAAACUCAGCCACCCGGAAUAAAGGUUAAGGCAUUUAAGAGCAGGAAACUGUGCCUUGAACACACUUUCAUCAGCUGGAGGUCGCAGAAAGCCCCAGAUCCUUGAUGAUGGCACCCCAGCUUCAUUCUAGAGUAGCUCUGUGGUGUUUGGCCACCGGUAUCACCACACUGUGUCCAACAGUCUCACCAGUGCUAUCUUGCUGCUGUUCCAGCCUGGCACUUUCUUUCCUGGCUGUGGAUUCUUGUCUUGUCUUUUGUGAGUGAGAGUUUUCCAAGUAAAGAAAGAAGCUACAAAUUCCUCAGGAACCUUCCAGUCCUGUGGCUGCUGUGCUCCGAACAAAGGACAUCACUGCAUUCCAGGCCCUGCUGUGGGAGCUUCCCACCAGGUUAUUCAGGUACUGAAUUUGCUUUAGCCUCUAUGCAGAAGUGCCAGGGGCCAGGCCCCACUCUGCUGACCACAGGGCGUCCAGUGUCCAGGUUUUUGAUAGUGACUGGUUUAGAUGCAUUUUAUUUGUUAAUUUUUUAAUUCCUUUGUUGAGAGGGAGAGGAGGCAAAGCAAUAAAAAAGCCUUUUCCAACAAUAGAA